AUGGAAGACGACGACGACGACUUUUACGGAAACGGAGGCGGAGAGGAGGAGGCGCAAGAUGCGAUGGAGACGGAGGCAGACGGCAAGGAUCAAAAGAUGGAGAGCGACUCUGGCUCAGAGGAGGACAGCAGCGACGAUGACGUACAAAUCACACUCGAAAAGCCCGACGGCGCAAAGGCAGAACCUCCUCCCGGCUCAAAAGCAGCCCGCGAAAAAGCCGCCUCCCUCAAAACCGCCGCCGCCUCCACAACCUCCCCCUCCAAACCCUCCAAAAGCAGCAAACCCCAAAUCAAAAAAGACCCAUCCGAACGACGAGGCUCCUCCGCCGCUCCGAACACCGUCAAACCCACCCUCACCCACAACAACAAAGAAGGCAAAGAGUUCCCCGCCCUCCGAUCCAGCGCAGUCGACGUCAACGACACUCCCAUCUGGCCCGCGAAUGGAAAACCCAUCACAGCCAUCGACAUCGACGCCGACCUCGCCGAACACUCGAAACCCUGGCGCUUGCCGGGGACGGACCAGACGGACUUUUUCAAUUAUGGGUUUGAUGAGUAUACGUGGGUGCAAUAUAGUUUACGGCAGCAGACGAUGGGAAAUACGAUUGCUGGGUUGAAGGCGGAGGAUGCGCAGUUGAAGGCUAUGUUUGGGGAGAUGGGUGGGCCAGGGAGUGGGGGACAAGGCGGUGGAGGAGGUGGAGGUGGAGGAGGGAUGCAGGGGAUGCCGCCGGGGAUGCCGGGGAUGCCGACUCCGGAACAGAUGCAGGAGAUGAUGGCGCAGGGACUUGUGCCGCCGGAGUUUGCGGCGAUGUUGGGGAUGGGUGGGGGUGGGGGGAUGGGACAGCAGCAGGGAGGACAAUUUGGGGUUCCAGCCGCCGCAGGGACCGAGUGGAGGGCAACAACAGCAAUGGAUGCCGCCGCAGGGGAGUGA